AUGACCCCUUCUCUUACCAGGCCACAAGGCCAGCUGUCACCUGCUGAAGCUCUCCACCUUGCGCAACAAGCUCCCACUAUUUUGAAGGGCAACCCCAAGGCAUUCUCAGCGUCGCCAUUGAUAUCACUCUUCUCAGCUGCUGAGACCGCUGAGCUAUGGACAAUCUACGAAAACCUCAUCAUCACAUGUCUUCGAACGGGCGACGACGAUUCAGCGCAUCUGUGCUUGGAGAGGUUGAUAUUGCGCUUUGGUGACGAGAACGAACGCGUCAUGGCACUCAAGGGGUUGAUCAAAGAAGCAGAGGCAACUAGCAACAUCGAACUUCAGGUGGUGCUUAAGGAAUACGAAGACAUUUUAAACCAGGACGGAACAAACAUUUAUAUCGCAAAGCGGCGGGUGGCUCUUUUGCGAUCUAUGGGAAAGACACCUGAGGCGAUCUCUUCUUUAGUAUGGUUGCUCGAGUUCAACCCUACAGAUGCUGAGGCUUGGUCAGAGCUUUCCGACCUCUACCUAUCCCAAGGGCUGUACUCCCAAUCUAUCUAUGCAAUGGAGGAGGCCCUUGUGCUGGUACCAAACGCGUGGAACUUGCACGCAAGACUAGGCGAGGUGACAUUGAUGGCGGCCAACGAAUCGAGCGAUGGAACUUCUCAGAAGUAUCUGGCGAAUUCUGUCAAGCGGUUUUGCCGGAGCAUUGAGCUUUGCGAAGACUACCUGCGAGCCUACUAUGGCUUGAAGAAGGUCACUGAUAAGAUCUUGGUCGAUUAUGUCAAGCUCAAGAAGCACUCGGAGAGUGACGAGUUCUCCCUACCAGAGCAGAGCACUCUCCAGAAGCUAAACCAGGCGGCUACUCAGAAACUUGCGGAGAUCGUUCGUCGGUAUAGUGCACAGGAACCUCUAUGGCAAGGGUACAACGCAGAUGAGAUUGCUGCAGCUCGUGAGCUUCUCGACAAGUCCUCGUCCGAGGUUGUUCGGUGA